AUGAUGAAAAUGCUUAGCGUCCUAUUUGCCCUUGUAGCCACCGUCUGUGCUGGACUUACGUCUCCGGCGAUCAGCAUUGACUCGACCGUCAACUCCCGCGCCGAAAAUGGUCUUGACAACUACAGGUUCGCUCACGAUGAGAAGCAUACUACUGAUAGCUCGUUCCACUCGGAGGCCGACAACCCCUGGGGUGUCAUCGGGCCUUACGGACUUGCCGAUAUCGACGGACGCCAGCGUGUUGUGAACUACGUUGCUGACAAGCUUGCAUUCCGUGCUUCAGUCAAGACCAACGAGUCUGCAAUCGCUCCUUAG